AUGUUUCUCCUGCCCCCCUCCUCAAACAGGCCCCAGACAGCAGACCUGAGGAACAGCAGCACAGUCUCAGAGUUCAUCCUCGUGGGCUUUGAGCAGAGUCCGCCUUCCACACGGGCAUUGCUCUUCAUCCUCUUCCUGGCUCUCUACAGCCUCGCCAUGGCCAUGAAUGGCCUCAUCAUCUUCAUCACCUGGACUGACCCCAGACUCAACAGCCCCAUGUAUUUCUUCCUUGGACACCUGUCUUUCCUGGACAUCUGCUUCAUCACCACCACCAUCCCACAGAUGUUGGUUCUUCUGGUGACCAAGAACCACACAGUCUCUUUUGUGUCUUGUAUGACUCAGAUGUACUUGGUCUUUCUAGUGGGGGUGGCCGAGUGCAUCCUCUUGGCUUUCAUGGCCUAUGACCGUUAUGUCGCCAUUUGCCACCCCCUGAACUAUGCCCAGAUCAUGAGCCCUCAGGUGUGUGUCAGGCUGGUGUGCUCUUCCUGGAUCUUUGGGAUGCUCAAUGGCAUCUUUCUUGAGUAUGUAUCAUUCCGGAACCCUUUCUGCAAAGACAACCACAUAGAAAACUUCUUCUGUGAGGCCCCCAUAGUGAUUGCUCUCUCCUGUGGGGACCCCAAACUCAGCAUGAAGUUGAUUUUUCUUGAUGCCAUUGUGGUGCUUCUCAGCCCCAUGGUGCUCAUUGUCACCUCCUAUGCCCGCAUCCUGGCCUCCAUCCUCAGCAGAUCCUCUUCCUCGGGUAGGGGGAAGACAUUCUCCACUUGUGCCUCCCACCUGACUGUGGUCAUCUUUUUGUACACCUCAGCCAUGUUCUCUUACAUGAACCCCCGCAGUACGCAUGGGCCUGACAAAGACAAGCCUUUCUCCCUCCUUUACACCAUCAUCACCCCCAUGUGCAACCCCAUCAUCUACAGCUUCCGCAACAAGGAAAUGAAGGGGGCCAUGGGGAGAGCCCUUGGGAGAGGCAACCUGGCUUCAGCUGCUCCUGCCCAGAAGGAAACCCGCUGGAGAAGUUUCUUUCAGUGA